GAAGCCGGAGCCACGGGUGCCUUCUCAGCCUGCGGUGUCGCAGAUUCAUUCUUAAGGAACUGAACACUUAAUCUUCCAAAAUGUCAAAAAGAUCAUCUUAUGCCCCACCUCCCACCCCAGCUCCUGCAACACAAAUGCCCAGCACACCAGGGUUUGUGGGAUACAAUCCAUACAGUCAUCUUGCCUACAACAACUACAGGCUGGGAGGGAACCCGGGCACCAACAGCUGGGUCAUGGCGUCCUCUGGCAUUAUGAUUCCAAAGCCUCCGAAGCCACUGGAUAAGCCGCUGAUGCCCUACAUGAGGUACAACAGAAAGGUCUGGGACCAAGUAAAGGCUUCCAACCCUGACUUGAAGUUGUGGGAGAUUGGCAAGAUUAUUAGUGGCAUGUGGCGAGAUCUCGCUGAUGAAGAGAAGCAAGAAUAUUUAAACGAAUACGAAGCAGAAAAGAUCGAGUACAAUGAGUUCAUGAAGGCCUAUCAUAAUUCUCCUGGGUACCUUGCGUAUAUUAAUUCAAAAAGUCGUGUGGAAGCUGCAUUAGAGGAAGAAAGUCGACAGAGACAGUCUCGCAUGGAGAAGCGGGAGCCUUACGUGAGCAUUCAGCCUGCGGAAGAUCCAGAUAAUUAUGAUGAUGACUUUUCAAUGAAGCAGACAGCCACUGCCCUUUUCCAGAGAAACCACCGCCCCAUCAGUGAGAUCCUCAGUGAGAGUGUGGUACCUGAUGUGCGGUUGGUUGUCACAACAGCUGGAAUGCAGGUCCUCAAGCGACAAGUCCAGUCUUUAAUGGUUCAUCAGCGAAAACUAGAAGCCGAGCUCCUUCAGAUAGAAGAACGACACGAGGAAAAGUAGAGGAAAUCCCUGGAAAGCACAGAAUCCUUUAACAAUAAACUUAAAAGGUUAUGUGGUCUGAAGAUGGAAGUAGACAUGGAGAAGAUUGCAGCUGAGAUCACAGAGGCGGAGGAGCAGGCCCGCAAAAGGCAGGAGGAGAGGGAGAAGGAGGCUGCAGAGCAGGCUGAACACAGUCAGAGCAGCAUAGCCCCUGAGGAAGAGCAAGUGGCGAGCAAAGCCGAGGAGGAGAAGAAGGAUGAGGAGAACAUCCCAAUGGAGACAGAAAAGAGGAGGCACACCUUGAAGACAGCGGAGAGCCAGCAGAAUGGUGAAGAAGGCAUGUCUACUCCUGAAGACAAGGAGAGUGGGCAGGAGGAGGUUGACAGCAUGGAGGUGGAAGGGACCAGUGACAGUAACACUGACUCAGAGAGCAACAGCACCACAAUGGAGAAGCUGCCCACAGACCCAGUGCAAGAAGACCAGAAGAAGGAAUAA